UCACAGAAAACAUGAGGAAACAGUGUUCAGUUGCUACUACCGUAGCGUUGUUUACCAUCGUCAUCUCCGUCUGCGUGGUUCGAGAACAAAUCCUUGCCAGCGGGAACCCAUUAGAGCGGAGCGCUUGGCUCGAAAAAAGAAACCAAAAUGUGUCCUGCAUUGUGGAUUGUGCUAACUGUGGCUGUGAAGGACGUUUCCUCCCGGAAAACAACGAAUGCGUCUGCAGCUGUGAUGUAUCCGUUAAUGCAACGUUAGAUCGUGCAUGCGUAGAAAACAUGCAACUUUCUUCGAACUCUAGUGGAUACAGGUACACGAUCAAAACGGACACCUUAAAUUCCGUGGAAUCUUCUCACAACGCACACACUCGUGUACGAAGACAAAUCCUCGCGGCUGAUUACUUUCGAUGGAUUCGACACUUGCGAAAUAUACGCCGCAAUGAAAUAGCGAAACUUCGACAAUAUAUUUCCGAUUAUUUUACAACAACUACUGCCGCUCCUACUACAACCACAGCUGCUACUACGACAACCACGGCCGCUACUACUACCAAAACCACGGCGGCCACUACUACCACAACCACGGCUGCUACUACAACUACUACAACUGCAGCAACCACAGUCGGUGUCACCACUACUACAACCGCAGCUGCUAAUUCAACUACCGAGUGUAUAACAAGCUUCCUUCUGAGAGUGCUUGACAAAAUUUUGUGAAAAGUUUUAAAUCAGAAAAAAAACACUAGUAGGGUAGGCUUUAUGUUUUUAAACAUUAACUCAGCUCAACAUAAAAUGAUAUCUCGAUAAUAAAGUUCUUUGCAUCGAGCUGGAACUAUGCUUUACUUUCUAGCAUUAUAAUUGAAAUGUUAAAUCCAACAGACCAACCGUUAAUUCAACGCUAAGUCUGUGUUUAUGUAUUUGAAUUAAGAUCGAGAAAACUAAAUAGUAUAAUAGAAGCAACUUUUUGAGACGUUUUUGCAGUCAAAUAACAAACAAACUGUUCUUUGAGAGGGGAUUUCAGAAAAACAAGAAUGUUUUGUCUCAGUUACAUAAUAUCAAACAAAGCGUUUAUUGGGUAAACUUAUAAUGCCGAAAAAAUAAUCAAAAAGGUUGUUCUCGAAAACCUAGUAAUGUCAGUGAGCUGAAGUUAAAUUUCAAUAACGCGUAAAAUUUCAUAGUAGAUCUGUUUUUCAUGUAGAAUGACAAAAACGUAUUUUAACAAAUUCAAACUCAAACGAUCGAUUCAUACAAUAUGACAUCUUUUAAACUAAUUGUUUCUCCAACAGAUCUUGUAUGCGUCGAAAACAUGCAACUUUCUUCGAACUCUAACGGAUACAGUUACACGAUUAAAAUGGACACCUUAAAUUCCGGGGAGUCUUUUCAUAACACACACACCCGUGUACGAAGGCAAACCAUAGUG